CAGAAGGCGCUAUUCCGUGUUUACACCAUGGUUUACAUCCACAUCGUUGCUCUUUCUGCUUUUACAUUCUUUAUCUCAAAAUAAGGACUUCUUGACUGGUUUGGUAAACCCCCAGGAUGUGCGGGAGAACGGCUUGCACUCUUGCGCCGGAUGAACUCAGCCGUGCCUCUCGGUAUCGAGACCGAAAAGGACAACGACACCGGCCCCGAUGGAAGGAUGGAGACAGCGACAAAUACCGGCCCUCAUACAACAAGAGUCCUCAGUCCUUCAGUCCUGUGCUGCUGUCCAACAGACACUUCAACAAGGAUGCUCCUGUAGAUGAGUGUGUGCUGGCAGCAAUGCGCUGGGGUCUCGUCCCGGCAUGGUUCAAAGAGAAUGACCCCAAUAAGAUGCAGUACAACACCUCUAACUGUCGCAGUGAGAGCCUGCUAGAAAAGAAGUCUUAUAAGGAUCCUCUUUUGAAAGGCCAGCGCUGUGUCAUUCUAGCUGACGGCUUCUAUGAAUGGAGGCGACUGGAGAAAGAGAAACAGCCUUUCUUCAUAUAUUUCCCACAAAGCCAAGGAGGACAAGUGCCCAAUCCACAAAGUACACAGGAACCGAAAUGUGACCAAAGUUUGGAACAGGGCGAGGUUAGCCCAAGUUUGACAGUCAUAAGAAGAUCAUUUGUUCGCUUAUGCCAGUCUUACAUAUCUGCUUAUUCCUCCACUUGUCUACAGAAUGAUCAAGAUGACAGUGACUGGACCGGGUGGAGACUGCUGACAAUAGCAGGGCUCUUUGACUCCUGGACUCCUCCUGGUGGUGGAGAGUUGCUGUACACUUACACUGUUAUUACUGUAGACGCCUCUCCAAAUCUACAAAGCAUCCAUGACAGGAUGCCGGCUUUGCUGGAUGGAGAGGAUGAAGUAAGACGGUGGUUGGACUUUGGAGAAGUGAAAUCACUAGAAGCCAUGAAAUUACUUCAGCCAAAGUCCUCUCUGACCUUUCACCCCGUCUCGUCACUGGUCAACAAUUCCCGCAACAACUCCCAAGAGUGUCUGCAGCCUGUAGACCCCACGAUUAAGAAGACCAUUCAACCAACAGCCAGCAGCAAAAUGAUGAUGAGCUGGCUGAAAACUGCCUCGCCAACUAAGAGGAAGAAUCCAGAUGAAGAGACUACAGCUAAAGGACCUGAAGGAAAACUUGCAGCAGAGAAGCAGACCAAGCCGACCGGGUCUCUCCAACAAUGGCUUCUGGGAACGGGUUCCAGCAAGAAACCAAAAACUUAAAAGAAUUACAAUAUAUUCCGUUACAUACUGUAGAAGUCUCAUCUCUUCAGAAUGACCAAAGUGGACUAGUUUAAAGAUUGCAAAAGCCUCAAAUGUCUGUUAAGACAAGAUGUGUUCGUUUUUUCAUGACAGAAAUAAACAUUUACAUUUAAUA